AAUAUGUUCAUCAGUUUGUUUUCGAUUGUUGAUCGCGCAGUUGUCGUGACAGUGAAAUGGCAAAGAAAGAGAAUUUAUUGUUGUUAUUCGAACGGCCGCAAGAGCCAGUAUUUGUUGGAAAAGGGCCAAAUAAGACAGUUUUCGAUGUUCCGAGUCAAUUUUUAACCGAUCGUUUCAAAAGCAUCGGAUCCGAAAUUCAACCAGAAUUCAGUGAAGACAGCGGAGAAAGAAUUCCAGUGCGUACUAACAUCGCAAUUCCCGAUUUGAAAAUUCCACUUUCACUCGGCCGCCAUGAGCAGUUUUCUUUAUUUAUUCCCCGCCAUCGUCGAUUGGCAGCAAAACUUAUUGACAUUUUCAUGAAUUUAAAAACACUCGAUGAAUUACAAACGGUGGCCGUGUAUGCAAGGGAUCGAUUGAAUCCAUUUUUAUUUAAUUAUGCACUGUCAGUGGUAAUUUUGCAUCGUGACGAUACAAAAAAUUUAAAUAUUCCAUUGUUCGUGGAGAUUUUUCCCGAAAAAUUUUUGGACUCACAAGUGUUUGCCAAAUUAAAAGAGGAGGCAUAUUUGGUGCCAGAAGGACUGCGAAAACCCAUCGAGAUACCGAAAAGUUACACGGCUUCGGACGAUGAAAUUGAAAAUAAGUUGUGGUAUUUCCGAGAAGAUGUUGGAAUAAAUUUACAUCAUUGGCACUGGCAUUUGGUGUAUCCAUACGAAGCAUUCAGCAGUCUUAUUGUUGCCAAGCAUCGACGAGGUGAAUUAUUUUAUUAUAUGCAUGAACAGAUAAUGGCCAGAUACGAUGCAGAACGUCUGAGUAAUCGUAUGGAUCGAACGAAACCAUUCAAGAGCUUACGCGAUACAAUUUCUGAAGCCUACUUUCCCAAGAUGAAUUCGCUUGUAACAAGCAGAGCAUGGCCCAGCCGUAGUCCAUCUGCCCUAUUGACAGAUUUGAAUCGGGGACUAGAUGAAAUAAAAAUAACAAUUGACCAGAUGGAAACAUUUAUAGAUCGCAUCAAAACGGCUUGCGAAACUGCCACUGCAAAAGACCCUGAAGGUGAUGACGUGCAUUUAGAUGAUUACAAUGGUAUCGAUAUGAUUGGAAAUAUGAUGGAAUCAUCAAUUGUCUCGAUUGACCGAGAUUACUAUGGAGACGUUCAUAAUAUGGGACAUGUGUUUAUGGCGUUUGCUCAUGACCCGGAGCACAGACAUUUAGAAAGCUUUGGUGUUGUUGGUGAAUCGGCAACUGCCGUCCGUGAUCCAGUGUUCUAUCGUUGGCAUGCAUAUAUCGACAAAAUCUUUCAGAUUCAUAAAGAAAAACUUCGACCAUACAAUGAAAAAGAGAUCGGCUACGAAAAUAUUGUCCUUUCAUCGGUUGAAGUCAAAUCUGACGGUGACAAUAUUCCACCAAAUAUUUUCAAUACAUUCUGGCAACAAUCAGAUAUUGACUUAUCGCGCGGAAUGGACUUUUUCCCACGUGGCAAUAUUUAUGCAAGAUUCACUCAUUUGCAACAUGUCCCAUUCGUGUAUACGUUCAAAGUAACGAACAACAAGAGUGUACAAAGUCGUGGUACUAUGCGUAUUUUUAUGGCGCCCAAAUUCGACGAAAAUGGGAAAGAAUUUAAAUUUUCAGAAAUGCGUCUCUUGAUGAUGGAAAUGGACCGAUUCACUGUCAAUUUAAAUCCAGGAGAGAACGUAAUACGGCGAAAGUCGAUAGAUUCAACGGUGACAAUUCCAUACGAACAAACGUUCCGUAAUAUCGACAAGGAGAGACCAGGCGGCGGUCAACAGCAAGCUGGUGGAAUAAUUCAAGCACCACAGUUCUCACAAGAGGGUUAUGCGUAUGAUUUUUGCGGAUGUGGUUGGCCCCAUCACAUGCUUAUACCAAGAGGUGCACCCGAGUCUGAUAAUGGCGGCUUUGCCUGCGUACUAUUUGCAAUGGUAUCAAACUAUGAAGACGAUCGUGUUGAACAAGAUCUAUCCGGAACAUGUUCAAAUGCAAUGGCAUAUUGUGGAAUUCGUGAUAGACUUUAUCCAGACAAACGUAAUAUGGGUUUCCCAUUCGAUCGAAAGGCAACCAGAAAUGACGGAACCAUUAAAGAAUUUCUAAUGCCAAACAUGAAUGCCAUCGAUUGCAAGGUUAUUUUCAAAGAUGUGACCAUUGAGCGUGCAAAUCAACGAACAGCCACCGAUGAAUAGAGCAAAAUUAUUGAAUGAGAUCAAAACCCACCGUUUUCCUUAUAUUUUUGUUUCCUUUAUAUACUAUUUUCUGAAUUGAAAUACAAAAACUGAAUAAAAAAAAGUUCAUGUAA